AUGCAUGACCAGAUUGAUAAAUUUAAAGAAUUUAUCCUUGAACAUCCAAUAGAUGAUGUUUUUGUACGUGUUCCAGAACUAUAUCUUUCUCCCAUCGAAGCAUGUUCUUUCUUCGGAUCAGUCAAUAUUUUCAAUUUCCUUAUAUCAAACUUAAAUUAUCAUAUAACUCAAAAAGUUACACAAUAUUCAUUCAUUGGAGGGAAUACCGACAUCAUUAAUGAAUGCCUCAAAGUGAACCAGAUAGAUAGAGAAUCUAUUCUUAACAUUAUUGUUUCUCAUAACGAUGAGCUUCUCGACUAUAUAUUUGACAGAGAUAUCAAUAUCCCAAAAGAUUUUGAUUUCAUUUAUCCAAUUAUAUCUCAAAACAUGAAAGUUGUUGUUCAUAUGUUCGAGAAAGAUAAAAAUUCAAUUAUUCCAUGGUGCGCUGGAAUUCCACAAACUAUUGACAUCAUUAAAAACGAAAAUAUCGAUUUGAAUAAAGUUUGUUUAAGCAAAUGGUCUCUUCUACAUUAUGCAUCUUAUUUCAAUAAUUUAGAAAUUUGCAACACAUUACUUACACGUUUAAAAGAUCAGAAUUUUAUUAAUGCAAAAAAUAAAGAUGGAACAACUGCUCUGCAUAUUUCAGCUAUCUCUGAUUCUAAAGAAAUAGCUGAACUUCUUAUUUCGAAAGGUGCUGAUAUCAAUGUAAGAGAUAAUGAAGGGAAAACGGCACUCCACUAUGCUGUCAUUAAUAAUAGUAAAGAAACAGCAAAAUUUCUACUUAUAAAUGGAGCUGAUAUUACAUCAGCAACUUAUGGUGGAAAAACAGCACUUCAGUGUGCAAUGGAUGCAAAUAAUACAGAGAUCGUAAAACUCUUUAUACCAUUUUACAAUGAUAUUAUUAAAAAACAACCUAUUAUUGGAAAGGUGCUUAUAUUAUAUGUCUUAAAACAUAAUAUGCAUGAAGAAAUAAGUACUCUCGUUUCGGAUGGAGUAAAUUUCAAAACAAUAGAUAUUUAUGGAUUCCCGGCGCUUCAUUUUGCAGCCCUUCAUAAUUAUAGGGAUAUUGUGGAACAAUUGAUCUUACAUGGCUGUGAUAUCAAUUCUAAAUAUGCUGGCAAUCAAACCCCACUUCAUUCUGCAGCUCAGUGUAACAGUAAAGAUGUAAUACAACUUCUUCUUUCAUAUGGUUGCGAUACGGAGGUAAAAGAUAGACUUGGUAGAACACCUCUUAUUAUGGCUGCAUUUUAUAACAAUACAGAGGCUGCUGAACUGCUAAUUUCACAUGGAGUAGAUAUCACUGCAAAAGAUUGCAACAACAAUACAGCUCUUUAUUAUGCAACAAUGGAAAAAAAUCAAUAUCUCAUAAAAAUUCUACAUUCAAAAUUAUCAGGUUUAAAUGAAAAAAAUAAAUCUGGAAUAAUUCCAAUAAAUAAUGCUAUAAAUUUAAACAACAGACAACAUAAUACUGAACAUAAAGCAAACAAGCAGAAAUCGUCCGGAUAUUGCUCAUCGAUUUGCAGGAUAUUUUAA